AUGCCACCGGUAAUAUUCGUUGUUACAUUUUUAAUUAUAUCGGCAAGUGCAUCUCACUACCGUGGGGGAUCAUUGUCGUGGAGCAUCGAUGAGCGAACAAUUAACGAAUCGUCAUCUACAGUCGUUGUUCGUAUUACACAACGACAUUCAUAUCGCACGAAUUAUUCAUCAAGUACAUUUUGUAAUAAAACUACAAUUGCUAAUGGAGGUCUAAUCGGUGAUGGUACUGUAUCAUGUCUUGGCAAUUGCUCAGAGAUUUUACCAGUUAUUUACUCGAUACCAGUAUUCACUACGAAUGUACCAUGCACUGAUUUCAGCGAUGAGUUUGGUUAUAGUAGUGGAGAAGGUAGUGUUGCCGUAGUCGUACCCAAGGAUGUUCGAUUCACCUAUGUCUCACAAAGUUGCUGUUGGAUAUCUCUGUUACAUGGUGGCAGCGGUUGGUCAUUAGCUUUGGUUGUCGAUACACACCGCCGUCGCAAUGGAAAAUAUAAUAAUUCACCGAAAACUUCAUCAAGCCCAGUCGUUCAAGUACAAAUAGGACAAACACACGUCAUUCCUAUUCCAAUGGCGGACAGUGAUGGUGAUGCACUUCGAUGCCGUUGGGGGAACACACCAGCAGAAUGUGGUGGCAUUUGUCAUCCUAAGGGUACUCUUCAACCAUUCCCUUGUCAACUGACAUAUGAAGCAACAGCUCUCGGUUAUGAAGGUGUAGCAUUGGUUAUCGAAGAUUAUGAUCGAAUUACUAAUGAGAGUUAUUCAUCUAUUCCUCUUCAGUUUCUCAUUCAUAUCGUUGACCGAAUUCAAAUAACUGUACCACCGACAUUAAACUACACAGGUCCUCCAAUUUUACCGGCAUGUGCUGUGUCUCCAGUAUACGUUGGUGAUCGACAUCAUGGGGCUUGCAUCGGUAUAGCAUCAAAUGCUACAGCCACUGAGCGCGUUGUCUUUAAGGUUCCUUGUAAUGAUUCGAGUACUAUCAUUACAGAUAUUCUCACUGUUUCGCCACCUGGUAUGACUAAAAGUCCCAUUUCUAUGGAUUCGAAUGAUAAUAAUGCGUACAUUAUGUAUGUUCAAUGGACUCCUCGACCAGAUCAGUAUGGAAUUCAUCAACUAUGUUUAACUCCGGUUGAUUCUGCUGGCCAAACCGGUCAACAAGUAUGUUAUACAUUUCAAGUGGAUGUCGCUCCGCCCCAAUUCGUUGCUGAAUCAAUAACACCUAAAGGGCUUGUUCCACGGAAUCAAGCCAUCUGGUCUAUCUCAACUAAUCAACAUGUAGUACCACCAAUCCAAAGAACACCAUAUAUUCGAUAUUUCAAACGGCUUCUGAAUGGCACAGAUGAAGAAGUAUUGCGUGUUAAUACAACGACGAAUGUCAUCUAUCAAACGACGCAGUUGAUCAUCAAUACAAGUAAUACUAUUUGGGAAGACGGUGCCCAUUAUUAUAUUUUAUUUGACAGUGGUAUAGUUUCACUCAACCAAUCAUGUGGUAUUGAAUCAGCAUCGAUCAUGGAUAAGCAUUUUUGGGAAUUUUGGAUUGAAUCUGUAACCACUCCUAUUGCUACUACCACUCCUAUUGCUACUACCACUCCUAUUGCUACUACCACUCCUAUUGCUACUACUACUACUACUACUACCACUCCUAUUUCUACUACUACUACUACCGCCCUGGUGACGACUACAAAACCAACGACCAGAGCAGUUGAUUCAGACUAUUAUUGCCCUCGUUGGCUGUCAUUCGGGACCGUAGUCAAUCUUACAAGUAGCGCUCUAGAACCGAACUAUACAUUUUGUUUUACGGUUAACACAAGUUUUGCUGACGUGACCAUCACGGCCAACACUUGGACUUCUUGUUCAACUUGGAAAAUGUCCGGUACCGCUGAUCCUCUUCUGGAAUUAUUCACGCCAGAAACAAGUAUUGAUUCACCGGUAGCUCAAAACGAUGAUGGCAAUAGUAUUUCUCAUUUAAAUUGUUAUGCAGCUGUGCUCAGCUACCGUCUCACUAAAGGUAAUCAUCGUGUGGUUAUUCGCCAUCCUAAAUGUGCAUAUGGUAAUUUUGAAUUACGUUUAUCAAAUGAAAUAACCAAUACUUUCAAAUAA